AUGAUACUGAUUGUACUAGUACCACCUGUAGUCAAUACGCCGCGUUGCGCCAACUUUUGCGACAACGAGGUCAGCAAGACCGCCCUCAAACGCUGCACCGGCUGCAAGAAGGCGUGGUACUGCAGCCAAGUCUGUCAGAAGGAACACUGGCGACGCCAUAUUUUCGACUGCAACCCCAAGCGUCCCAUCGCGACCGCAUACUACCUCUCCCGCGCAUGCUUCGAGGACCUCAUCCCGGUGCACGUGCAGACGCGGCGGGACUUUGGCUUCGAGAAGGCCGAGGAGCUCGUCGGUGGGCGCGCACAAAGCAUGCUCCUUGGUCUGUGGAUCGGGGUGUUUCGCUACCUGGACGUCCCCGAGAAGGAAGUGCAGAAGUGGCAGGCGGAGGGCAGGAUGGUGGAGGCGGUCAAGGCGGAGUUCGCGCGCAUUCCACCGCAAGCGCAGGGCGGAUACUUCCAGUGGUUCCUGGAGCAUCAGAACAUCCUGGACGGCUCGUCAGCAGACAAAAAGGAGGCGGAAGAGUCUGUGAAGCUGGCGAGCACAGAUGCCAUCCGCAGGGCGUGGGUCCAGACGGGCGGGUCUUCCAGUGACAGCGUGGAGACCAUCCAUGCGAAAAUCAAUGCGCUGCCAAAUCACGUCCAGGCCUGCCACCAGUUCUACCGGCUCUUGGCGUUCGGCACGUACCCUGGGCCAAAUGUUCACCACUGGAUGUCCUUCGGGUUCGUCGCUGCCAUGCACCAGGCAGAGGAGAUACGAGUGAGCGGGGCGUACCGCGAGCUCGUCGGACGUUGCUCGUUCGUCGAAUUUUGUGCCGCAUACGAUGGAUCGACCAUGCUGGAUCUGGCUGAAGCGCACGGAGUAUACAUGACUCGUGGACUCACCUCGUCGUCUGCCACAUUCCUCCGGGACGUCAUGUCCGCGUCCCCGCGCCGGUUCAAGUCCGUGUGGUACUUGAAACAGUACAUCGACCGGCUCCUGUGCGCAGAGCCCUCCGCGCCGCCCGUGAUUCCGCACCAGGCCGUCCACGCGGACUACGGGUUGAUGAACUGCAGAGAUACGGCGGAGGCGAAGCUGCUGGACGAGCUGUACAGGAAGUACUUCGCGCACGCGCACGUGAACCCGCUGGACCUUCACAAAGCAUGCAUCCGGGGCGCUCUGGUGGACUACAUUGGGGGGUUCGUGAAGCUGAAGCCGAAGACGGCGAUGUACAAACGGCUGCUGGAGAACGCCUAUCCCCUGGCGGGCCUCGGAGAGUUGCAAGGUAUGCAUAAAUCACGCACUUUAUCAUGA